AUGUGGAGCGGUUGUGGGGCGGCAGUUGCGGAACUCGGCGUGUAUGUUGCCUGCCGUCCCUCCCAUUCCCCAUCUAGUAACUCCCACCUCAGCCCACGUAUCUCCCUGAGGAAUCUCGGACCCAAUACCAGUCGAUUGGGAGGUCCACCCUCCACUUCAGCGGCUUGGUCUGUGUUUGGGAAGUUGCCACGACAACAGUCACUUCCGGGAGGGGGAUCUGCGAGUCUUCUUCCGUCGGUCCGGCCAGAAAUAGCUGCCCUCUCAGGCUGUGUGGGUGGUUUCCCCGCCUGCAGCUACAGGGCGUAGAUUGCUGGGCCUCAGUGCACCACAGCCUCCGCUACUCGGGUUCUGAGCUAGAGCUGGAGGCUCUUUGACUCUGUUUCACUGUUGCUGCUAGCAACAUCCACUUCCGGGAGCGAGUGCCGUUUCCCUCGCUCACUGCGGGCUCGGGAGCGUGGGGUUCGGGCCCCUGAACGGUGGCUGUUAGUGCGUCGCCGCUGCUGGCGAUCCGGCGACCCUCGGCCGGCCGGAUCCGCGGGCCACGCAGCCCGGGCCUUCUCACCACCUCAGUGCCUCGGCGGGACCGCCAUGGUUCUGCUGCACGUGAAGCGGGGCGACGAGAGCCAAUUCCUGCUGCAGGCGCCUGGGAGCACCGAGCUGGAGGAGCUCACGGUGCAGGUGGCCCGGGUCUAUAAUGGGCGGCUCAAGGUGCAGCGCCUCUGCUCAGAAAUGGAAGAAUUAGCUGAACAUGGCGUAUUUCUCCCUCCUAAUAUGCAAGGACUGACUGAUGAUCAGAUUGAAGAAUUGAAAUUGAAGGAUGAAUGGGGUGAAAAAUGUGUACCCAGCGGAGGUGCAGUAUUUAAAAAGGAUGAUAUUGGACGAAGGAAUGGGCAAGCUCCAAAUGAGAAAAUGAAGCAAGUGUUAAAGAAGACUAUAGAAGAAGCCAAAGCAAUAAUAUCUAAGAAACAAGUGGAAGCCGGUGUCUGUGUUACUAUGGAGAUGGUGAAAGAUGCCUUGGAUCAGCUUCGAGGCGCGGUGAUGAUUGUUUAUCCCAUGGGGUUGCCACCGUAUGAUCCCAUCCGCAUGGAGUUUGAAAAUAAGGAAGAUUUGUCGGGAACGCAGGCAGGGCUCAACGUCAUUAAAGAAUCAGAGGCGCAGCUGUGGUGGGCAGCCAAGGAGCUGAGAAGAACAAAGAAGCUUUCAGACUACGUGGGGAAAAAUGAAAAAACCAAAAUUAUCGCCAAGAUUCAGCAAAGGGGACAGGGAGCUCCAGCCCGAGAGCCUAUUAUUAGCAGCGAGGAGCAGAAGCAGCUGAUGCUGUACUAUCACAGAAGGCAAGAGGAGCUCAAGAGAUUGGAAGAAAAUGAUGACGACGCCUGUUUAAACUCACCAUGGGCAGAUAACACUGCUUUGAAAAGACAUUUUCAUGGAGUAAAAGACAUAAAGUGGAGACCAAGAUGAAGUUCACCAGCUGAUGACGCUUCCAAAGAGAUUAGCUCACCUUUCUCCUAGGCGAUUAUAAUUUUUAAAAGGCCACUUUCCACCCUCUGUAAAAGAUGUUAACAUUUCUAGUUUUCUUAGUUUUCUUUUAGUGUGAAUUUUUAAAAUAGCAGUUCUUCAAGGUUUUAGAACUUAAUAAAUACAUAAUCAUAAGAAAAUGUGUAAAUCGUUUCUGUUUCAGGACUGUUUAGUAUGUCACGGCUUUCUUUGAUAAAAUACUAAACUUUUUUCUUCCUUCCUGAUUGUUUCAUAUUCUCAUGACAACUGGUUUAUUGGAGGAAAGCUGAUGACAGGCAGUGACCACUAGAGGCCGCCAGGCCCUCAGCGUGCUUUUUCUCCUGGGCCUCUUUGUAGAUCUGUUGCAAGCCAAACUCCCAGCCUUGCUGGAGAGACUUCUCUAACCCUGCUGCGGGAUCUAACUGUAGCUAGGCGUCGCCCGGCCUUGCAGGUGAAGUUUACCUCCUGGUUGAUGCCUCUCUAGACUUGUAUUCUGGGAGCGAAAGCUACAACCGUGAUGGAAGUUGAGUAGCAAACUCAUCUGACCUUGAAACUUAAAUUCUCCUGGAGUUUCUCAGCGUCUCAAGUCUCCUUCAUCAGAAGGACACCAUCAGCCUAAGUAUCUAGGACACCAUUGAGUUUAAAGACUCCAACUCAUCAUCACUGUAAACCAUCCAAGUAGCCUGCAAACCCUGGCACUUUAGCAUCUGCAAGGCACCUGCCAGACCACCUGUGGCAACCAGAAAUGGCCCAGACAUUUCCUCAUGCUUGACUUUUGGUGCCUAGGGUCCUCUUCUCCUGGUUGCAGGGAACUUGGCGUAGGGAAAGAAAUGAGGGAAAGCGAAGGACGCGUGGCAUCUUCCUGCCUUGGCGCCUGUGCUCCCCACCAUCCUGCAAAGAGGAACCCUGGGAGCUAGUGGAGGUGGCAGGGCUUUGGUUCCUGCCUGCUGCCAGGCGGCCUUGCCCAGGGGAUGGGUUCCAGACCUGAGAGCAAAGCUCUGUUCUCUAAAGUGCAUUGUGGUUGACUGCAUCUUGUGCCUUACUCUUUUGGUUGAUUUUCAAAUUUUGUAAAAGCAAAUUUGCAUCUAUUUUCUCUUUUACUUGGUUAUAGUUUUAAAUGUCUCUAUGAAAGGGUUUUGACCUUGGAUGAUGUAGAGUAUGCAGUAAGAUGCUGCGAUUUUA